GCCUAACGUCUUCGCGUACGCUUCCGGUUGAGGUGUAAAUGGAUACAUGACACAGUUGUUUGGAGGAAACGAUCCUUAGGGGGAAAAAACCCUUCUCGGCUGAAACGUUUCUGACGGCAUUCGGAGACUAAAGCCGCCGACGGACGGUGUCGGAAGGUGCCGGCCGCCAUGGAAGCGGUCCCGCGGAUGCCGAUGAUCUGGCUGGAUCUGAAAGAAGCUGGGGAGUUCCAGUUUGGUCCGUCCGUGAAGCAGUUCAUUUUGAAGAACUAUGGAGAGAAUCCAGACAACUACAACGAACAGCUGAAGAAACUGGAGACGCUGCGGCAGAGUGCCGUGAACGUGACGAGAGACUUCGAGGGAUGCAGCACCCUGAGGAAGUACUUCGGCCAGCUGCACUACCUGCAGAGCCGGGUCCCUCUGGGGGGAGGCCAGGAGGCAGCGGUGCCCAUCUCCUGGACUGAAAUCUUCUCUGGAAAAACAGUCACCCACAACGACAUCAGCUAUGAGCAGGCAUGCAUCCUUUACAAUCUUGGAGCCCUGCACUCCAUGUUGGGAGCCAUGGACAACAGAGUCUCAGAGGAGGGCAUGAAGGUGUCCUGCACACACUUCCAGUGCUCCGCCGGCGCCUUCUCCUACCUGAGAGACCACUUCAGCCACAACUACAGCGUGGACAUGAGCCACCAGAUCCUCAACCUCAACAUCAACCUCAUGCUGGGCCAGGCCCAGGAGUGUCUUUUAGAGAAGUCCAUGCUGGACAACCGGAAAAGUUUCCUGGUUGCUCGCAUCAGCGCUCAGGUGGUGGAUUAUUAUAAGGAGGCCUGCAGGGCUCUGGAGAACUCCGAGACGGCCUCCAUGCUGGGAAAGAUCCAGAAAGACUGGAAGAAGCUGGUUCAGAUGAAGAUCUACUACUUUGCUGCUGUUGCACAUCUUCAUAUGGGGAAGCAGGCAGAGGAGCAGCAGAAAUACGGAGAACGGCUGGCUUAUCUGCAGAGCUCUUUGGACAAACUCGGUGAAGCCAUCAAGCUAGCUAAGGGUCAACCUGACAGCGUCCAAGAGGCCUUGAAGUUCACCAUGGAUGUCAUCGGCGGAAAAUAUAAUUCUGCCAAAAAGGACAAUGACUUCAUUUAUCAUGAGACUGUUCCCUCGCUGGAAACCUUAGCUUCAGUUAAAGGUGCUCCGUUGGUGAAGGCUCUGCCGGUCAACCCCACCGACCCCAGUGUCACUGGACCAGACCUGUUUGCAAAGCUGGUGCCCAUGGCUGCCCACGAAGCAUCGUCUCUGUACAGCGAGGAAAAGGCCAAGCUGCUGAGGGACAUCAUGGCCAAGAUUGACGGCAAGAAUGAAACCCUAGAGCAGUUCAUGGACUCUUUGGGCUUGGAGCCAGAGUCUGUUGACAACCUGGACAUGUACAACCACAUCCCUCCGGUUCUGAUGGAGAAGUGCGCUGCCCUCAGCGUCCGACCCGACACAGUGAAGAGCCUCAUUCAGUCCAUGCAGGUGCUCUCAGGAGUCUUUACCGACGUGGAGUCUUCGCUGAAGGAGAUCCGAGACGUCCUGGGAGCGGACGAGGCGGGCGAGCGCGCCCUGCAGGAAGCGUGCGGCCCCGCCGCGGCUGAGAUGCAUCCGGCCGCGCAGAACCAAGCUCUGGCCGAAAUUCAGAGGGACCUGGAGAAGUACAUGGAGGCCCACGAGAAGGCCAGCUUCACCAACACGGAGCUCCACAGGGCGAUGAACCUGCACAUCAGCAACCUGCGUCUGCUCGGGGGGCCGUUGGAGAGUCUCAGAGAGGCCCUGCCGAGGCCCCAGCUCAGUGAAGAGGAAAUGGCGGGGCUGCAGCGUAUGAAGCGGAUCCUGGGGAAGGUCCAGGAGAUGAGGGAACAACGGGGCUCUUUGGAGAAACAGCUGCGUGACCUCAUUCAGACGGACGACAUCACCUCCACCCUGGUCACCACCGACAGAGCGGACAUGAAGCGCAUAUUCGAGGAGCAGCUGAAGAAGUACGAGCAGGUGAAGGUCUACAUCGACCAGAACCUGUCGGCGCAGGAGAACAUCCUGAAGGCGCUGACCGAGGCCAAUGUGCAGUACGCAUCGGUGCGGAAAGGCCUGAACCAGACGGAGCAGCAGUGGAACAGCACGGUGCAGGGGCUGGUGGGCUCGUACGAAGCCUACGAAGACCUGAUGAAGAAGUCCCAGGAGGGGAAGGAGUUCUACGACGACCUGGAGGCCAAGGCGUCACGGCUGCUGGAGAGAGCCAAGACCCUGUGUCAGAGCAGGGCAGAGGAGAGGAGGCCCCUGCUGGAGAAAGAUAAAAAGCCCCCAGCGCGCCCUACGGCCGCCAAGCCCGUCCUGAAGCCGAGAGCGUCCGACGCGGACUCUGCGUCGUCGAGCUUCGAGGAUCCAGAGCUGGCACAGAUCAAUGCAGCCAUCAUGGCCCUAGGGGGCGACCUGCCUGAGGACCUCCGGAGCCUCCCCCCCGAUAUCCCUUCCCUCUCUAACGCCGCUGGUCGUAUGCCCUGGCCAGGUGCCCCCGCUGCCAGCCUCCCCCACUUCCCUCCCAACCUCCCACCUCCGGAGCUCCUGGCAAGAAUCGCCCAGUUUCCCCCUUCAGGGGCUAUGGGUCAGGGUCCCAUGCCACGUAUGCCCCUCCACCAGAUCGCUCACCACAGGCCUCCAGUGGCGUCUGGUUACCGGGCGCCGCCUCCUCAGGCUCCCCAACCGGGCCUCGUGGCUCCCGUCCCCGUCCGCCCCUCCACCACCACCGUGGACAGCAUUCAGGCUCCCAUCCCCAGCUACACCCCCGCCCCGCACAUGCCUGUUCCCCCCGCCUCCACGGGGUACACGGUACCCCAGAUGGGUGCGUACCCCCACAUGAUGCCGCACCCAUCGCAGCAGCAGAAGCACCCCCAGCAGUACGGCCCGCCCGCAGCCCAGCCUCUCCCUCAGGGGUAUCAGCCUGGACCGAGGGCCGCUCCCACUUACACCCACGGAUAUGCUCCGCCUCAGCCCAACGUUCCUCCAAACUACCAGCAGGCGUUUCCAGGUCAGCUUCAGCAGCAUCAGCAGAAUGGCUUUCCUCCCCGACCGCCGGCGCCACAGGCCUACCACAUUCCACAGAGCUUCGUCCCCCAGCAGCACCCUCAGAUGAUGCCGGGCUCCAUGCCGGGGGCCCCCCCCCAGGCUGCACAUCCACCAACGUCUUCAACUUCUGCCCCCUAUUCGCCGUAUCCCAACCAGCAGAUGCCCCCCGGACUGCCUCACCAGCAGAUGGCCGUCCCUCCCGCUGCCCAGCACGUUCUGCCCCACCCACAGAUGCAAAUACCAGGUGGCCACAGACCACAGCUGCCGCCCAGCGGUCAAACUAUGCCCCCGGGGUCGCAUAACUACAUCCCCCCGGGUGGUCGGCCUCUUCCCCCUACCAUGCAUCCUCAGAUGCCGCCUUCUUCUCAGCCGCAUGUGCCCUCUGGUCCCCAGGUCAACCUGCCAGGAGGCCCCGUACCCCACAUUCCUCAGAGUGCAUUGUCUGCACAGCAUCAAGCUAUCCCCGGCGUUCCUGGGCAUCCCAUGCAGAUGGCCGGCCCGCCGCAGCCACACCCUUCUCAACACGGUGGGGGUUGCUACCCUGGCGGCGCGCUAAUGAUACCCCAGCAGCCUCUGGCGCCUCGGCCCACGGCUCUCCAACAACCCCAGGUUUCCCUGCCUAUGACCCACCCCCAGCCUCCCACUCUGUAUCCUUCUGCAGCAGGGACAGGUGCGCCCCCCGGUGCCCCACAGCAACCCCUUGCAGUCGGCCCCCUCUCCCCCGGAGGCGCCGCGCUGAUGCAGCCGACCAACCCUGUCGUCCCUUCCCCCUCCCCGUCUCCGGGCCCGGCGUCUCUGGGUCUGACGGCCCCGUCUCCAGGGGGCACGGCGCCGCCCACUCUUCCCAACCCCUCCGCAUCCACGUCUCUGUUCCAGCGGCAGAACUCCAGCACGGACGAUCUCCUCUCCUCCAGCCCGGAGAGCCAACACGGCGGCACCAAGGCGCCCACCAACGUCCUGCAGCCCACCAAAGCCGUCGAAAGGAAGAGCUCCCAGGGAGUCCUCCUGAUCCAGGGAGAUCCGUACCAGGCGCCGGAGCGCGUGGCCCGCCUUCACAGCGAGCUGGAGCAUUACCGAGCCCAGGUGGACUCCCUGGAGCACCCCUCUGAGAGCGAAGGAGGCGUGUCGGUGCUGGACGCCCGCUGGAAAGAGCUGCAGGACCAGCAGGAGAAGGACGCCCGGCAGCUGUCCAUCGCCAUCGCCCGCUGCUACACCAUGAAGAACCGCCACCACGACGUCAUGCCCUACGACCUGAACCGCGUGGUCCUGCAGUCGGGGAAGGAUGACUACAUCAACGCCAGCUUUGUGGAGGACCUGUCGCCGUACUGCCCUCGCCUGAUCGCCACCCAGGCGCCGCUCAGCGGCACCGCCGCAGACUUCUGGCUGAUGGUGUACGAGCAGAAGGUGUCGCUGAUCGUCAUGCUGGUCUCAGAGCAGGAGCUGGACAAGGGCAAGGUUCUGCGCUACUUCCCCACGGAGCGCGGCCAGCAGCUCUCCCAGGGACCAAUCACGCUCAGUCUCACCACACAGAAGAUGACGCCGACACACGUGGAGCGCAUGAUCAGUCUGCAGUACCGCGACCAGAGCCUGAAGCGCACCGUGGUCCACCUGCAGUUCACGUCCUGGCCAGAGCUGGGUCUUCCUGACAGCAAGAGCAACCUGCUGCGAUUCAUCCAGGAGGUUCAUGGACACUACCUCCACCAGAGGCCCCUGCAGACUCCUGUUGUGGUUCACUGCAGCUCCGGCGUGGGACGCACCGGCGCCUUCUGUCUGCUCUACGCGGCCCUGCAGGAGCUGGAGGCAGGAAACGGCAUCCCGGACCUUCCGCUGUUGGUGAAGAAGAUGAGACAGCAGAGGAAGAACAUGCUGCAGGAGAAGCUCCACCUGAAGUUUUGCUAUGAAGCCGUGUUAAAGCACGCUGAGCUGGUCCUUCAGCGCCAUGGCAUCACUACCGCCACCUACAGCAAGAACACCAACUCUGCAGCCACCAAGCCUUACUCCAGACAAGAGUCCCAGCAGGACAUCGUCCUCGGUGGCGACAUGCCCAUCAGCUCCAUUCAGGCCACCAUCGCCAAGCUGAGCAUCCGCCCCCCCAGCGCAGACCCCACCACCGAGGGCGGAGGCCCAGAGGAGCACUUGGGGGCCUCGUCACCAAAUCUGGACUCCAUGGGCGACAUGCAGUUGUUGCCGGACCCCUGUCCUCCAGCAGACCCUCAGCCUCCCUCAUCCCUAAGCCCGCCUCUCCCCUCCUCCGCGUACUCCCCCCCGCCGCCCAACGGCCUCGAUGGCCUCUCCCCAUCUAGUCCCCCCGCACCCGACCACCAGCCCGUCCCGGAGUCUGCUCCCUCCGUCAGUCCGCCUCCUGCGUCCUCCGCACAGGCUCUCUCCUCGCUGGAGCUCCUGGCCUCUCUGACGCCCGAGGCCUUCUCCCUGGAGGGGGGGGGCCGGGGAAAGCAGCGGGUGACCAAGCAGAACUUCCUGCAGCCCGCCGAGGGUCAGGGCAUCCACGGGACGCGGGGCGCCGACGACGACGGCGCCGACCCGCUCAGCAGCCUGGAUCCGCUCUGGACCCUCAACAAGCACUGAGACCGAGACGGGAGCGCCGCUGCCUUUCUGCCACCUCACCACCAGGGGUCAGGCCUGCAGCGUUUCGGCGCGCCAUCACCAAGAUGUGCCUGUUGGCCGGCGGUAGCAGAGAGAUCCCUGAAACACAAACACUAGCUUCGCUUUCAUGCCUGGUGGAGUCCAGGACCAGCUCACUAUGCACUGGCGUCUCUGUUGCUCGGUCACCCGGUUGCUGCUUUCCUUCAAUGUUUUUUGGACAGAUGUGAAAUUCCAGCUCCAAUAUAUGGGGCGUCUUUAAAAACAAAACAAACACAAAUCUGCACUCCAAUCCUCUUUACACGAGGCUGUUAAGGCGUCACAGGCUGCUGCUGGGAACCUUUAGAGAAGCUCUGACCCGGGAACUCAGAACCACAACAAACCGGCACCUUUUAACAGGUUGAUUUCUGUCUUCUGCAACUCUGUAAAUAUCCCAGAUAAAGUUAGACUGUUCUCAAAGAAGGCUUCCUUUACUGAAAAACAAAAAAAACAAAAAAAAAAACAAUCACUAACUGUUCAUUAUUGUAAAAAAAAAAAAAAAUUCAAUAAAUCUAGGAAACAAUGUGUUUUAGAUCAAAGCCUCUUUAUUUGAAAAUUAGUACAAAGUCUGUUUUAGUUACAAAAUAAGUUACUUCUGUUACAACGACCUGCAGAAAUGAAUCACGAGGAGACGAGCCUUAAAGGUCUGCGGUGGCGGUCCAGAUGUGGAGGUGAGACGACGUCGACGCGAGAAGCUGCUCCGGGUAACGAGGAGCUAAUUGGGAAAGGUCCGCAUCUGAACCGGGACAUUCAUGAAAAGGCUAAGACUGACGUGAAGUCAUUCCUU